CCUUGUAAACUGAUAUAAAAAUAAGGCUAAAAAACAAAAUUCCUUUAGUGCUUCCUGCCUCACUGUUUCGACCCCUUACACGAAGUACUUAUCAAAUGGUCACCCAAAGAAAUGGCGGAAACACUGGAAGACAUUUUGGAGAAAGCAACCAACCCAAAAAAUUUUGGAGAUAACACUACAUUUGCAAAUGUUUUUGCUGAACAAAUAAAUAAGGAAUUUGAUGGACCUGCAAGAGCAGUUAAACUUAUAUCACACAAGCUAAGUCUUCACCAGGAAGUUGUUACCCUUCAAACUUUAACAGUGUUAGAAGUAUGUGUGAAAAACUGUGGGCAAAGGUUCCAUCAAGAAAUUGGCAAAUACAGAUUUCUGAAUGAAUUAAUAAAACUCCUUUCUCCAAAGUAUGACGGAGGCAUUACAUCUCAAGCUGUCAAAGAUAGAGUGGCUGAAAUAAUGUACAACUUGUAUGUGGGUUUGCCAUCUGAGAUGAAGAUUGCAGAGGCAUACAGGAUGCUGAAGCAGCAAGGUGUUAUCAAGAGAGAUCCUGUCAGCGACGAUGCAACACAAAGACCAGCAAAUCGGCCUUCAAAUACUGCAUUAGACGAUGAAGAAAAAUCAAAGCUACUUGCCAUGUUGUUAAAGAGCAAAAACCCCGAAGAUUUACAAGCAGCAAACAAGCUAAUCAAAACUAUGGUCAAACAAGAAGAGGAACGUCUAGAGAAAUUUUCCAAAAGAGUUCAAGAACUCGAAACAGUCUCGAACAAUGUAGAUUUGCUCAACGAAAUGAUUGAUGCAUACAGUCCUUCCAUGUCUGAGAGUGACCAAGUUGUCAUGAGGGAUCUUUAUGAAGCCUGCUUAAGCAUGAGGACCCAACUGUUCCGGAUCGCAAGCCAAUGCGUUGAGGAUAAAGAUGAUACUCUAUCUGAAAUCUUGGCAUUGAGCGAUGACUUAACCAAAGCUAUUGACAAAUACAAGCGUGUAGUUAUACAGGGGGAACAAAUAACGGAAUCGACUGAUGCAUCUUCAGAAAAUGUGCAGCCAUCAAUUGAAAAUUCAAAUCAGCCGCAGAACUCGGUAGAUUCCUUGCUUGACAUUGGCCUCGGUUUCGACGACCAGCCUCCAACAAAUGCAUCAAGGCAGCAAACGUCAUCUACGUCAUUUCUUGAUGAGCAGUUCAAAAUGCUUGGCCUUGACGAUGGUAUCCCGACAUCUAGCAUUAAUACAAUCAAUUCACAAGCCUCCGCAGGAUAUGAAUGGGGUGCUUUCGGAAGUGCAUCAGCUCUGCCCCCACAGACGGCUGUUCCCCAACAGGGGCAGUUCUACCCCAACAAUCAAUUCAAUGCAAAUCUUGGCAACAUGGGUAGCAUUGCACCAAUGAUGCCAUCGGGGAAUAUGGUAUUAAAAAACUACAGUAUGCCACAAUCGCAGCAAAUUAGGCCAACAAACACAACCUCCGGUGGUGCAGCUCAGAACAAGGGGACGACGGGGGUGACCAGAGCCCCGGCAAACGACCUUCUUGGAUUUGAUGUUUUUGCUGAUUUCAAAAAGGAAGAUGUGAAAAGGACGAAAGAAGUCGAUGAAGCAAAAAAUGUUGAUACAAAAAAGGCAACACAAGCCGGGUCACUGUUGGACCUAGAUGAUGAUAAUCAUGUUCAGAAUAAUCUUCAUUCAAGUAAUUUGAAUCAAAAACCAGAAGAGAAGAUAGAAGAGACGAAGACAGAAAGUUUGUCGGCUGUUGGAGGAUAUUUCGUACCAUUAGAAGCAAUCGAACCCUUAUCGCACACUCCAAUCAACGUUCUCGAUAAAGAUGGUUUAAAAAUAAUACUUAAUAUAGUCAAGGAUAAACGAGAAGAGGCGAACCCUAAUGUAAUCGUCGUAGUAUUUUCAACAAUAUCAACAAAUGUAGUCUCGAUCUCGGAAUAUAAAGUCGAGGUUUCAGUGCCUAAGGCGAUGAAAAUAAAGCUACAGCCCCCAUCAACAACAGCUCUGCCCCCCUUUAACCCUUUGCUCCCGCCUUCGGCCAUCACGCAGAUUAUGCUUAUUGCAAAUCCGUCCAAGGAGGCCAUCCAUCUCAAAAUAAGAAUAUCAUACAAAGCUGGAUCAAAUAACAAGACAGAAAUUGUGACUCUUGAUAGCUUUCCUGUCACGUGAUCAGAUCUCAUAAUCUCUAAUUACAUAUCGAAUCUAAAUUCUUAGAGAAUUAUAAUUCUUGUUAUUAGAAUUAUAAUUAUAAUUAAUUUUUCUUGGCUUGGUUGUCAGUAAUCAAAUUAGCAGAAGGCCACUUCACAAUGAAUAAUAUGGAUUCAUUUGUGUCGAAUUCUUUUCAAUAUGAAUGUUCUUAAUCUAAAUAAACAACCGUAUGUCUUGUUUCUUUAUUUUGAAUACAUCAGAAUCAUAAAGAGAGGCCCUUGAGUGCUAUUCAUUCUGUUGUAGCUGUUUCGUUUUCGGUUUUGUUUCCAAUGUCUCUUGCAAAGUCUGUUGCCCUUUUCUGAUUAUUGGAAA